AUGGCUACAGUAAAACAUGCGACGUGGUACGACGAGGAGCAGGUCGAGGAAGUCCUGGACGACGAGCCCAUGCGGAUUAGAGGCAGAAUCUUUCUAGGGUCCAUUGACGCUGCACGAAACGAGGCGGCGUUGAAGCGGUUGCGCAUUGGUGGAGUGCUCGCGUUGCUUGGUAAAGGGGAAGCAGAAGCUGCAGAAUCGACUCAGUCGACUGCAUCUGUUGGAUAUAAUGAGGAGCUGCUGAGUCGUUCGAGGAUCGAUGUGGAAAUUGAAGACUCGGAGGAUGUUGACUUGCUGCGGAUGUUGCCGGGUGUACUGGCUGAACUGGAGAAGCUCGUAGCAAGAGCUGAGAGAGACGACACGAACGUGCUGGUGCAUUGCAUCGCUGGUAGAUCGCGUUCUGUCUCGGUGGUCGCAGCAUGGAUGCUGGUGAGUGAACCUCAGCAGCAGAGUAUACAAUGUGUUGUUGACCGGAUCAGACUCAUCCGCCCAUGGAUUGAGAUCAACCCGUCGUUUUUGCAGGACCUGCACCUGUUCCAUGCCGUGCUGAAGGCAAAGGACGGGUCGAUGCUGAGAGCUAAAGAUGCGAUGCUGUUGACGGACCGAUCAUGUCCGCGACUAGACUUUGGUGCGAACCUCGUCGACAUGAUUCUACGAGGCACAAAGGCGAUCACGAUGCGUCUUUUGUCCGACGUUGAAGGCGAUCGUAACUCGGAUCUGGGCGCCAUCUUCUCGCACUCUGUUGUUAUGGCAACGACGACAACGACUGCUGGUUCACCAACAAGAAUCCGAUUCGCCUACUUGCGAAUCGAUCGGAUUGAAACGCAGGAGCUUUCCGCCCUGAACAAAGCUACGCUUCGCAAAUCCGGAUUUGAUUCCACUGAAGAGGCUCUGGCUGUUCUAAAGCAGUUCUACCCAAACGUGACUGCCACGACGCCACUGUUGAUACUGCAUUUUUACAAUCUGAAUCCACUGAACCUCUAA